CAACGUUUGAAGGCGUCAGUCGCUGUUCAAUGACGUCAAAUAGGCGCGUCGACCUGCAGAAAGUUAGCUAGAAGUUGUGUAUUUUACGCUUGAUUCAUAAAUAGACGCAAUUUAGUUAAAUAUUCCAAUAUAUUUUAUGUUGUUAGAUUAUAUACUCGUGACGUUAAGUCGUUUAUUACCUUACUAGUUCGUCGUUUGCGGAGGUUUGUCGGCGAAUUGGCUAAAUGGAAAAUGACGACAGUGUGAAGAGACAGGACGACACCACACGAGUAAUAUCAAAUAAUGACACAGAGGACAACAACAACAACAACGAAGAGAAAGAGCAAAGUUUGUCCAAAAGGCAGCAGAAGAAGCUUCUAAAGCAGCAGAAAUGGGAGGACGAGAGGGAGCUGAGAAAACAGAAGCGUAAAGAAAGGAAGCAUCAGCGUCGCCUGCAGAGACAGCACAAUCAUGAUCAUCAUCAGGAUGACAACGAUGAAGACCACAGGGCCAGGAAACGACCUCGUCGAGAUGUCACCCCCAGCUCACUGAGGCUGGUCGUGGACUGCAGUUUUGAUGACCUCAUGCUAAUUAAGGAUGUCCACAAGCUUCACAAGCAGAUCCAGAGGUGCUACGCAGAGAACCGGCGAGCCUCACAUCCAGUCCAGUUUUAUCUGACCAGCCUGGGAGGACAGCUCAAACAGAGCAUGGAUGAAAAGGACAAAGGCUGGAUCAACUGGAAGGAUAUUACUGUUAAAUCCGAACACUACAGCCAUGUCCUCGCCAAGGAAGAACUGGUCUACCUGACCUCAGACUCCCCCAACAUGCUAGCCCAGCUAGACCCCAAGAAGGCCUACGUCAUCGGCGGACUGGUGGACCACAACCACCAUAAGGGCAUCACCUUCGAGAGGGCAAAGGCGCUAGGUAUCGACCACGCCCAGCUUCCUUUGAGCAGCUUCGUCCAGAUGAACAGUCGGAAAGUCCUGGCGGUAAACCACGUUUUUGAGAUCAUGCUGGCGUUUUUGGAGAAGGGCGACUGGAAGGAAGCCUUCUUCUCUGUGUUGCCUCCCAGGAAAGGAGCGAUGGCCAUCAAGCAGGAAGGAGAAACAGAAGGAGCCAAUCAGGAAGAGGAACAGGAUGAACUAUGAGUCGAUCAUUCAUGACACCUCCCACCUAUUUUAGUUGAAGUUGAUGUUAUUUUCAUUUUUGAUGGAUAUCUUGGGCCAAAGUGUCGUCGUGAUGCAAGCAUCCUAUUUUUAUACUUUUUGUUUGCUGCUAAAUCUUGAUUUAUUUAAAAUUAAAAUCAAAUGAAAUUCUA